AACAUAAUAAAUCGCUGUCAGCAUGGUUUUACUCCCGGGAAAUCCUGCACUACUCAACUCAUCCAAGUUAUAGAUACAAUUGGUAAACUUCUUGAUCAAGGAGAGCAGAUAGAUGUCGUUUAUCUUGGUAUGUCCAAGGCAUUCGAUAAAGUGAAUCACAAGAAGAUGAUCGAUAAACUCCGUAGUUUUGGAUUCAAUGGUGGCUUGCUUUCUUGGUUCCAGUCCUAUCUUCGCCAUCAUCGACAAAAAGUAACAGCGUUAGGAUCUACGUCGACGCCUGUGACAUCCGGAGUACCACAAGGAUCUAUCUUGGGUCCAAUCCUGUUUCUGCUUUACGUGAAUGAUCUACCCGAUGCGAUAUCCUUGUCUACAAUUGCAACCUUCGCAGACGAUACCAAAUUGUUCCAAUGCAUAUUGUGUGAAGCAGACAGCUGUCUCCUACAAGAAGAUCUGACUAAUAUAAACAACUGGUCAUCGUCUUCUGAUCUUAUGUUUAAUCAGUCUAAAUGUAAAGUUCAGACAAUAUCGCGUAAACGAAAUCCCAUUAUGGCCUCAUACUCCAUGGGAAAUAUGCAGCUCGACCACUGUUUCCAAGAACGUGACCUUGGAGUAUGGAUCUCGUCUGAUCUAUCGUGGAAGAAGCAGGUAGAAUCGCAGAGUACAAAAGCAAACCAGAUCUUGGGGUACGUGAAAAGAACAUCAACGUACAGCAGAUCUUACUUAAUACGAUCAACACGGACAUGGAACGCACUACCGACAGAAAUAACCCAAAACCACAACAAAUCUUCUCUUGCCACUUUCAAGAAUAUUCUGAAAGAAUACUACUACUCCGCUCUUUCCUUAACUUUCGACCCUGAUGACCCACGUACAUGA